UUCGUGUUCAGACGAGCUAGGUGACUGGCAGGAGUUAAUGCUUGGCGUUGGCGGAGUCUGCUUGGGGUAGUAAAUGCUUCUCACUCCCGCAGACUGACCCCAUUCCACUCAAUCCCCUGCUUGCUGUGGGGAAUCUAGGCUGUUAGUUCUGGUGAUGAUUCAGGCUUUAGUCCUGGACGUUUCCCUUAUCACUCGUAUCUUAGUAAGAUGUCCACGUCAGCCGUAGUAAUGGCGAGGCGGCGUGUAUUGCAGUCUGUCUAGCAUCCCCUUUUAGACACACGUUCUAUUUCCGUGCCAGGGCGAUUAACACACUAUUAUUGGAAACGAGUCCUAAAAUACUCACAUUCGCUGCACUUCUUCAUUGUGUUGUAGACUUCCGCCAUUGUCGUCGUCUCAUCGCCAACCGUUUCCUGCGGCGAUUCGGGGGGUCGUCGAUACUCGACAAUAAUCAUGGAACAGACAGGCGACAGCGAUCAGGUGCUCGGCGAUCUCCUCAACAAUCUCCCCAGCGCGCACGAAAUCUCCGCCAACCCGGCGGCGUUCCUCCCUGUGGGGCAAAUCAGCGCGCCUGAUACGCAGGUUGGCGCGGAUAGAGACGGCGGCGGGCGGGAAAGGGGCAGCAGCUGGGGCAGCGGGGGAAGCGGCGGGGAGGAUGGGAUGUCGGACGGGGAGUUGGUGGGGGGAAGGGAUAAGAAGAAGGGCAAGCGGUACCACCGCCACACGGCGCAGCAGAUCCAGGAGAUGGAGAGGUUGUUUCGCGAGUGCCCGCAUCCUGACGAGCGGCAGCGGCAGCAGCUGAGCCAGCGGCUGUCGUUGGCCCCCCGGCAAGUCAAGUUCUGGUUCCAGAACCGCCGCACGCAGAUGAAGGCACAAACGGAGCGAGCAGAGAACGCGAUGCUGCGGCAGGAGAACGACCGGCUGCGCAGCGAGGUCAUGCGGCUGCGCUCCGUGCUGGCGUCUGCCACCUGCCCCUCCUGCCACACGCGAUUGGUGCCGGGGAAUGGCGACGGCGCGCACGAUGCCUCGGCUGUGGCAGCCCAAUUGAUGGAGGAAAACGCGCACCUCAAGAACGAGAUCGAGCGGGUGUCGAUGCUGGCAGCGCGGCAGCUGGCAGCAAGGGGGGCGGUGGACCCCAUGGGCCCUGCCACGGUGGCGGCACUCAAUGCAGCCGCUGCUGGAGGCAUGCAGGCAGGGGGGUCGGGAGGGGGUGGGGGGAAUGCCAAUGGUGCUGGCAAUGGGGGUGGUGGUGGGGGUGCGGGCGGGGAUGGGUUUGGCAGUCCGAGCUUGACGCAGGACGGCAGUGGCAUGGCGAUGGGCAGCAGAGGCAUGUCGUCUGCCGCUCUUGGACGGUUCGGCCUAGAAUCCAGUGCCAAUGCAAUUCAACGACUGCAGCAACAGCAGCAGCAACAGCAGCAGCAGUCUAUGGGAGGGUUGCUAGGGGAUAUGGUUCCUUCGUCCCGGUUGAACAUGGAUGCACAUCCCAUAACCGGCGCUGCUGCUGCUGCUGCUGCUGCUGCUGCGGCUGCGGGGAGGGGGAUGGGUGAGCACGGCAUGAUGGGCCCAGCUGGUGACGCAGCAGCGAGAGCAGCAGGGGGAGGAGGAGCAGCAGCAGGGGUGGGGGGAGGGGGAGCGGGGAUGGGUGGGAUGGGCGGGCUGAUGGAUCUCCACAGGAGCAACACGGAGCGAAGCACCUACUCCAACGCCUCGGGGCACACAGCUGCUGCUGCUGCUGCUGCAGCCGCCGCGGCAGCAGCAGGAGGAGGAGGAGGGACAGGAGGGGCAGGGGUAGCAGGCAGCAGCAAUAGCGGGCUGCUGUAUGACAUGGGGUUGGAUGGAACCGGCCGUAGUGCUGCUGCUGACGCUGCUGCAGCUGCUGCUGCAGGAGCAAGAAGGGCAGGAGGGGGAACGGGAGGGAGGGCAGGGGGAGGGGCGGGAAACUCUUCUCUAUUCGGCCUGGCUGGUACGCUGGGGCUGGCAGGAGGGGGGAUGCUGGGAGAUGGCAGGCUGGCAGCAGCAGCAGGCGCAGCAGCAGGAGCAGGAGGGCUAGGGGCGGGUUUCGCAGCCUCUCUGCGCACGGGAGGGGGCAUGAUGAACCCAGUGGGGGGGGAGGCCAUGGGGGCCCUUCUAGGCGCGUCCGGGGAGGGCGGGGGGCUGUCAGACUCGGAGCGAGACGUGGUGAUGGACCUGGCAGUCUCGUCUUUAGAGGAGCUCGUAGGCUUGGCGCAGAUCAACGAACCUCUCUGGCUCCCGGGCCUGCUCUCCCGAGCCUUCGACCGGCACGGGAGUGGGGCCAGCGGCAGCAACGGCGAGAUGGGCGGGGGGGGGGGAGGGGGAGGGGGAGGGGGGAUGGCGGGGAACGGGGGGGAGCAGCUGAACCGCACGGAGUACCGCCUGCGCUUCCCCAACUGCGUGGGGGAUGGGCCGCAAGGGCUGUCCAUAGAGGCGUCCAGGGCGCGAGGGGUGGUGGCGCUCAACGCUCUUGCCUUGGUGGAGCUCUAUAUGGACCCGGUGAAGUGGGCUGAGAUGCUGCCGUCGUUGGUAUCACGGGCAGUGGUCGUGGAUGUGAUAUGUGUGGGCAACGAGCCCCAGCAGCGCAAUGGCACACUACAGCUGAUGUACCUGGAGACUCAGAUGCUGACUCCGCAGGUGCCCACGCGGGAGGCCUUCUUCCUGCGCUACUGCAAGCAGCUCUCCCCCACCUGCUGGGCCGUGGUGGACGUAUCCGUUGACAGGCUAAGGAGCGAGCCCCCCCCGGUCAUGCUCAAAUGCAGACGGCGCCCGUCGGGGAUUCUCAUUCAGGAGGCGCCCAACGGCAGCAGCCAGGUCACCCUUGUAGAGCAUGUGGAGGCCGACCCCUUGGGAGUGCCGCCGCUCUUCAGGCCCAUAGUGGCAGUAGCGCUGGGCUUCGGAGCAGCGCGGUGGUUUGCCUCCCUGCACCACCAGUGCGUGCGGUUCGGCGAGCUGCUGGGGAACCCCACGUCUCGGGACAGCGGCAUCGUGUCCCAGCAAGGGAGGAGGGCCAUGCUCAGACUGGCAGGCCGCAUGCUCUCCAACUUCUGUGUGGGGCUCUCCUCCUCCACCAGGCACUCCUGGAAGGUAAUCGACAACGCCGACCGCGCGUCUGCCGCUGGCUCUGCUGCUGGCGCUGCUGGUGCUGGCGGGGAGGGAGCGAUGGGGGGAGAGGGAGAUGGGGCGAACGGCCUAUCAGCGGCAGCAAUGGGGGCGGUGGAGGUGUGGGUGGCCAUGCGGCGCAGUGUGAGCGGUGCCGGGGAGCCCCUGGGGGUGAUUCUGAACGCGGCUGCCUCGGUGUGGCUGCCUGUGCCGAUGCCGCUGGCGUUUGAAUUCCUGAGGAACGAGCAGACGAGGAGAGAGUGGGACAUCCUGACGAGCGGAUCAACGGUAUCGGAGAUGGGGCGGAUACCCAUCGGCAUGGACCACGGCAACUGCGUGUCGCUGCUCAAAGUGCAGCAGGCGCCAGCAGCAGCAGCAGCGCAGACCAACAUGCUCAUUCUGCAGGAAACCACCUUCGAUCCCUCAGGUGCCCUCAUAGUGUAUGCACCAGUCGACAUCCCAGCAAUGAAAGAAGUCAUAUCUGGAGGCUCCUCCGAGUCUGUAGCUCUCCUCCCCUCGGGCUUCUCUCUCCUCCCCGACUGCGCUCUGUCCUCCGAACAGCGCGUUGCUCUUUUUAACGCCGCCCCUGUCCAGCCCACCUCGGGGGGGGCUGCCUUGGCAGCAUUCGCAGGGGCGGCGGGGAACGGCGGGUUUGGGGCGGAAGACGGGUGGCAGCAGGGCGGCGAGGUGGAUAGCCUGGCUGCCCAGGCCAUGCGCAGUGCAGCGAGGAAGCGCGCGCUGGGGCACGUGCCGGAGGGCUCCAUUCUGACGGUGGCGUUUCAGAUUCUCGUCAGCCCUAACCCCCAGGCGAAGCUGACCACAGAGAGCAUGGCAACGGUGAACAGCCUCAUCUGCUGCACCGUGCAGCGCAUCCGCCAGGCCAUGGACGUCGCUGCUGCUACCCUAUGAUGCCGCUGCCGCCACGCUCUGAUGCCGCUGCUGCCGUGCUCUAAGCCUCGCACAUGCUGUCUCGACUCGUGGCCCUCCUUCUGUAGCGCUAGGCCCCUCUCACCUGUAGCUCAUGGAAUGGAACCCCUCUCACCAAUGGCACUCCAUGGACCCCUGAUAUUUUGGCGCCACCUGCUCACAGCUGCACCUCCCUGCUGCCUGUUGCCGAUACUCCUUUUUAGGUGUGGGGGGGAAUGCACGCCUGUGGAACAUGGCGGCUUCUCAUCUUUCUGGACACUGAAUGGUCCAAGAUGCCUUUGUAGUGUAUUUAUUUAUUGAAAUCGUCAGCAGCAGCCCGCCUACCUAGACUACCUGCCUACCUACCCUGUAUUGGUUUGUUUAGCUGAAAUCAAUUUUCCAG